UUUCUCUCUGUCGCGGCGGUGGGUCGGAGCCGCUGUGUCCCCGGUCAGGCACGUUCCUAGUCCAAAUUCACGCUUUCGAUUUGGAUCCCCGUUAUAAAAAAAGCAUAGUAAACAUUAAUCCCCUCGUAAAUUCAAGCCACCGAUUCGAAUUGCGCGCCUUUACGUCCCCGAAUCCCAACCAGAACCUCAGAAACAUGGCGGUGGUUAGCGGGACCUCGGGUCCGGCGGUCGCCCGGCUUGAGGGCCGGGAAUUCGAAUACAUGAUGAAGAAAAGGUCGGUGACCGUCGGUCGGAACUCGUCUCAGGGCUCCGUGGACGUCAGCAUGGGCCACUCCAGCUUCAUCUCCCGCCGGCACCUGGAGAUCUUCACGGCGGGGGAGGACGGAACGGGGAGCGGGGACUUCUACCUCAGAUGCCUGGGCAAGAACGGGGUGUUUGUGGACGGGGUGUUCCAGAGACGAGGGGCUCCACCGCUCCAGCUACCGCGAAUGUGUUGUUUGCGGUUUCCCAGCACAAGUAUAAAAAUCACAUUCACAGCACUGUCCACCGACAAGAAGGAGCGAAGGAACGUGCCGGAUUCCCCCGUGAAGCCCGUCCAGCCCCAGAUAGCCCCACUCACCAUAAACAUUCCAGACAACAUAGCCCACCUUAUGAGCCCCCUGCCUUCACCUACAGGAACCCUCAGCGCUGCCAACUCCUGUCCGUCAAGUCCACGGGGGGCGGGACUCUCCAGCUACAGGAUGGGACGCGUCAUGCCCUCUGACCUCACAGGGGACAACUCUCAGUCGGAGAACGACAAGGAAGCCUCUGGCGGAGACAGUCCCAAGGAUGACUCAAAGCCCCCCUACUCGUACGCACAGCUCAUCGUCCAGGCCAUCACCAUGGCCCCAGACACGCAGCUUACGCUCAACGGCAUCUACACCCACAUCACCAAGAACUACCCCUACUACAGAACCGCCGACAAAGGCUGGCAGAACUCCAUCCGCCACAACCUGUCCCUGAACCGCUACUUCAUCAAGGUGGCCCGCUCCCAGGAGGAGCCGGGCAAGGGCUCCUUCUGGAGGAUCGACCCGUCCUCCGAGAGCAAGCUGAUAGAGCAGGCCUUCAGGAAACGCAGGCCCCGGGGGGGGCCCUGCUUCAGGACCCCGCUGGGGCCCCUCUCCUCCAGGAGCGCCCCGGCCUCGCCCAACCACACCGGGGGGGGGCUGUCCGCCCACUCCAGCGGGGUUCAGACCCCCGACAGCCUGUCCAGGGAGGGCUCCCCGGUGCCCAUGGAGCCGGAGCACGUCUCCCCCCCGCCCGCAGUGCCGCCCCCCGCCACCCCGAUCCAGCCCAAACUCGCUGUCAUCCAGGAAGCCCGAUUUGCACAGAACUCCUCUGCCCCACUGACCGUGUGCCCUUGGGCAACAGGCUCGCCGCUGAACAACCAGCCGCUGCUGAUCGCCGUGCAGCGGCAGAUGCCCCAGUCCACCAUGAAGUCGGUCACCUACGCCCUGGCCACGCCCGCCAUGGUCACCACGGCGACCAACUCGGCGCCCAUCAUGCAGACGGUGCACGUCCUGCACCAGUUCCCUACCGUCACCACGGCGACCGUCGCCGCCAACCAGGCGCCCGCCGCCGCCGCCGUGGUGGUCACGAGCGCGGGAAACGACCACAAGGAACUCAAAGUAAAAGUGGAGGCCGUGCCCUCCCUCGCUGCCGCGGGCCGCAUCAUCCAGACCUCCCAGGCCACGCCCCUCACCACGGUCACCAUCGUCCAGCAAGCCUCGCUGGGCCAGCACCAGCUCCCAGUGAAGACCAUCACCCAGAACGGGACACACCUGGUGCCCAUCGCCACCGCCGCAGCCGUGGCCAACCCGCUCCACCUGCUGGCCGCCCAUGCCUCGGCCUCGGCGUCCCUCCCCACCAAGAGGCCCAACGGGGAGCUGCCCCCCGCCCCCAAGAGGCUGAAGACGGAGGGGGAGGGGGUGGCGGUGACGGUGGUCCACAACAACGGCAACGGGAGGGACCACGACGAAGGCAGGGAGCACGCCAACGCUGACUGACUCCU